AACAUGGAAUUCAACCCAUCAGAUCAUCCACGGGCCAGUACGAUAUUUCUCAGUAAAUCACAAACAGAUGUGAGAGAAAAACGCAAGAGUCUCUAUAUAAACCACCAUCCUCCUGGGCAGUUGAGAAGGAAAUACAGUUCCUGCUCCACUAUUUUCCUGGAUGACAGCACAGUCAGUCAACCAAACCUCAAGUAUACCAUCAAAUGUGUAGCUCUUGCAAUAUAUUACCACAUCAAAAACAGGGACACAGACGGAAGAAUGCUCUUAGAUAUUUUUGAUGAAAACCUUCAUCCCCUUUCGAAAUCCGAAGUGCCACCAGAUUAUGACAAACAUGACCCGGAGCAGAAACAGAUUUACCGCUUUGUUCGGACGUUGUUCAGUGCUGCUCAACUGACUGCUGAAUGUGCCAUUGUCACCCUGGUAUAUCUUGAAAGACUUUUAACUUAUGCAGAGAUAGAUAUUUGUCCAGCAAACUGGAAGCGAAUUGUACUGGGUGCAAUUCUACUGGCAUCCAAAGUUUGGGACGACCAGGCAGUGUGGAACGUGGAUUACUGCCAGAUCCUGAAAGAUAUCACGGUCGAAGACAUGAAUGAGCUGGAACGCCAGUUUCUUGAGUUGUUGCAGUUCAAUAUUAAUGUUCCCUCUAGUGUUUAUGCCAAGUAUUACUUUGAUUUGCGUUCCCUGGCAGAAGCGAAUAACCUGAGUUUUCCUUUGGAGCCCCUCAGCAGGGACAGGGCGUAUAAACUUGAGGCCAUUUCCCGCUUGUGUGAAGAUAAAUAUAAGGACUUCAGGAAAGCCGCAAAGAAACGAUCAGUCAGUGCUGACAAUCUGACUGUGGUUAGAUGGUCCCCUGCUAUUAUCUCCUAACAGAGGAGACUGGAAUAUUCCUACGGACGUACUGUUUCAUCCAUCCAUUUUUUUCGGGGUGGGCUGGGGGCGGGGGGAUAAAGAAAAAAGACUUUUGAUUUUUUUAUUUUUAAAUCUGUCAAGCUGCCUUUACAGUGCCUCCCCAUUGUGUAGCACACGAGUAAAAUACCUAGUGGAAGGAGAAAUGGAGAAAUCAGUGUUUGGGAGAGAAGAUGGCAACAGUUUUUUUCUCACUUUCGCUAACAGCUUUACCCUUUUGUGAGGAAACAGCAAAUCAGGUGCUUGGAAGAAGAAAAAAAAAAAAGAAGUAGAGGCAGAAAAAUAUUUUAAAAAGAACUGUGCCAUUUUCUAAUAUGCUGUACUCAUGAAGAGAAAUGGCAGCAUGAAAACAAACCAUGUAGUCAGAUGACUCUGCACUAGAGGAAUGAAGUUGGGAGAAUUCCAUCCUAAAGGUUUCUCUUAAUAUCUUUUUUAUUUUUUAUUUUUUUUUGCGGUCCUCAUUGCUGCUUCACAGGAUAAAUUCUUCCCCUCGCACAGCAGCAAAUACGAAGUCUGUAUUUACAGUAGCACAAGCCCCUGAAUAAAUA